UGAGAUUUAUGUAUUCAAGCUUCAAACAAACCAAAGCUUUCCUUUUCAUAUUGAAAACAUUCAUGGCUGCUUCUUAUUGUUAUCUUUUCCUUCUCUGCUCUUUACUAUCUCUAACAGUUGCAUCGGCAGCUCGUGCUUUCUUUGUUUUCGGUGACUCUUUGGUCGAUAAUGGCAACAACAACUAUCUUGCUACAACUGCUCGUGCUGAUUUACCGCCUUAUGGGAUCGAUUACCCAACUCAUCGUCCUACCGGCCGGUUCUCCAAUGGCUUAAACAUCCCGGACAUUAUUAGUGAACAUCUCGGGGCGGAAUCUACGUUGCCGUAUUUGAGCCCAGAGCUUCGCGGGCAAAAACUAUUAGUCGGCGCAAAUUUUGCGUCGGCUGGCAUCGGAAUUCUUAAUGAUACAGGAAUUCAAUUUGUAAACAUUAUAAGGAUAACAAAACAGUUGGAGUACUUCAAACAGUACCAAGAAAGGUUGAGUUCUGUGGUUGGGCAAGCAAGAGCAAAGCAAAUAGUGAAUCAAGCUCUGGUUUUGAUUACUCUUGGUGGCAAUGACUUUGUUAACAAUUACUACUUGAUUCCUUUCUCUCCUCGCUCAAGGGAGUUCUCUCUUCCUGAUUAUGUCCAUUUCUUGAUCUCUGAGUACAAGAAGAUCUUGGAGAAAAUAUAUGAGCUUGGUGGUCGGAGAGUGAUUGUGACGGGGACGGGGCCGUUGGGGUGUGUGCCGGCGGAGUUGGCCGAGAAAAGCUUGACGGGGGAGUGUGAUGUGGAGCUCCAGCGUGCGGCGAACUUGUUUAACCCUCAACUGGUUAAACUGAUCCAUCAACUCAACCAACAGUUUGGAUCCGACGUCUUCAUUGCUGCCAAUGCCAAAGCCAUGCAUAUGGAUUUUGUCUCCAAUCCUCGUGCCUAUGGGUUUGUAACAUCAAAGUAUGCAUGUUGUGGGCAAGGGCCAUACAAUGGGCUUGGGCUAUGCACAAUGGCAUCAAACUUAUGCCCAAACAGAGAUUUGUAUGCUUUUUGGGAUGCUUACCAUCCCACUCAAAAAGCCAACAGAAUCAUUGUUAACCAAAUCCUAAAUGGCUCCCCUGAUUACAUGACCCCUUUCAACUUGAGCACCAUCCUUGCUAUGGAUUCAACCACUUAACUUAUUCUAAUUUAUGUCAACAUCUUUUUAGAGUUUGUUUUUCUUCUCUAGUUGUGGAAAAUAAUAAUUAUAUAAUAAAUUUUACAUGCUUCAACUUA